CCAAGCGUACAAUUGAAAAUGGAUUGCAGCAGUUGUCGUUCAUUAUACGAGUUAGAGAUGGUGAAACGUAAAAACCUUCAGUGUAGUUUGUCAGAGGAGCAGCAACGAAGACGCAGAUUUCAAAGAAUUUGCUAUCGGCAAAAACAAGCUCUGGUAAACAACAAUGCAAAAAUCCAGCAAUUGAAAAAGCAAUUAAAAGCAAGCCAAGCCAAAGAGAAAAAGGGGAACAAACUACUCAAGACCCUAAAAUGCAAUCCGAUAUUGCUCGAGUCCAUGAAAAAUUUUCGUAUCAAUAAAAAUGCACGAAGAUAUCCGAGCAUGAAAUACACUGCAACUUGUCAGCGUAUAAAUUCGGGAUCAGCAUACAAAAAUUUGAGAGCAGCAGGUGUUUUAUGCAUGCCGCAUCCUAAAUCUAUCACCAGAUGGCAGCAAUCCGUUACACUUGAACCGGGAUGCAAUCUUGAAAUCAUACGACGUAUGUCUAUCAUUGCGUCUGGACUCCAAGAACGGGACAAGUUGAUUGUAUUACUCAUUGAUGGAAUGGCUUUGAAACCGACAAUAGGUUUUCAUGCGAAAAGCGACUUCUUCUAUGGUCUCCCGAACGACGGUGUAUUCAAAGUUAAUGAAGAAAAUGAUACUGCUAAUUUAGCUAAUGAGGCUAUUACAAUCAUGGCUAGAGGAGUAGGCACUAAGUAUAAACAAACCUUCGGAUACUUUCUCGCAAAUACAACCCUUAGCUGUACACGACAACAAGAAAUAAUUGAAGAAUCUGUGAGAACUAUGUUUAAAAUAGGAUUUAUACCGGUUGGCAUAGUGAUGGAUCAACAUCCGACCAAUGUAAUGACUGCUAGGGCAAUAGGCGUUACAGUUGAUAAACCAAUGUUCGAUAUAGAUGGCCAUCCCGUAUUGUUUUUUUUCGACGCUCCGCACUUGUUCAAGUCGCUACGAAACAAUUUAUUCAACAAGAAUGUACUUUUCCAGGACGAAAUAGUUUCUUUUCAACACAUACGUGAACUGUACAAAAUGGAUAUUUCAAAAAUGCCUCGAUUAGUUCCGAAGCUUACUCAAAAAGCGGUCGAGCUUCCUGCGUUUUCAAAGAUGAAUGUCAAGCUAGCAACGCAAACCCUUAGUGGAACCACUGCUAAAGCUAUCAACACAUACGUUGAAUUGCAAUGUUUGGAGAAAGAGGUGUUACCAACUGCUUUAUUUAUAGAGCUUUUCGACCAACUCUUUGAUGUUUUCAACUCUCGGUUCAAGUUUAACUCGGCCAAGCUAUUAUUUAUUUUAUUUAAUUGUCAAUUCAUGAUAUCCUUUUCAUUCAUGAAUAUUCUUUAUAUAGUAUACAGUUGACUUUCUUUGUCUGGUUUUAGUGUUCAUUCUUCUGUUUUUAUGUUUGAAAUGGAAAAUACUCUUGAAUUAGAUGGAAAAUUUAAACAGUUUUUCUUACAGCCGUUGCGUGCUGCAAUAGCUGAAAAUAGUGAUCAUUGGGAUUUUCUGAACAAAAUGGAAAAACUAAUCAAAAAUCUCCAAUUUGUACCUAACUACUGUUUCGAUGCAGCACAAGCAGCCGAAUGUGCUAACACAUUGACAAAAGCACAACGAUUCCCACCAUGCCUAAAUGGAUAUCUGCAAAAUAUAAAAGCGCUUUCUAUGCUUUGGAAAAAUUUAAGCAAAGAAUAUGGAGUUUCCUACAUAUGCACAAUAAAUCUUUGCCAGGAUCCGCUCGAGAACCAAUUUUCCAAUAUAAGACGGGCUUGUGGAUCUAAUGAUUCUCCCAACGCUUUGCAUUUCGCAGCAGCACUAAAGUAUUGUAGUAUUUUUAAUGGCCUACGAGCUGUUGAAAACGCUAACUAUGAAGGCGACAAUUCGAAGAAUAUGAUAGAAAGUCAAAGUACCGUGGACUCUGAAAAAGAUCCUCUGGAAUGCCCAGGAAGUGAGAAUUGUUCCAUGCGUUUAUUCGUGCCGAUUGAUUUUGGAAAAAAAGAACCUCUAGAUGCAGCUGAAGUAAAUGCCGUCGUGUACAUCGUUGGUCAUGCGGUUUAUAAGCUCGUGCAUACUCGAUGCCGUCAAAAUAUGAUAAUGCUGGAUAAAAACGAGCUAGACGAAAGCUAUAUAUUUUGCCGAAUGAAACGUUAUUCGAAACUAUUUCAAUUCCCUAAUAAAGUUGCCCGUGAUAUUGGACUACAAUUGUUCCUCAUUUUUAAAGAAAAGUUUUACGACCUAUUUCGUGAAAGCCGAUUCUCUGUUAAGGCACGGCUCAGAGAAUAUAUACAACAGGACAGUGAGAUUGUUUGUUCGAAAUGUUAUGAAAAAUUAAUAAACUGCAUUCUCAAUACUCUCAUCAAUGGGCAAGUUCGCAAAAUGCAAUGCUCAAUAAAUAACAGAAGAGCGAGACGGUUUCGACAACUUGGUAAAGCAAGACGAAUGCAAUUACCUCCGAACAAUAGAAAACGCAGCUCUAAAACACGAACUCCCAAAGUACGAAUUCGACAAAAGGUUUUAACCCGGAUAACAAAGCGAAAAUCACCUUCAAAAAAUCGAAGAAUGUAACAAGAAAGGAAACUCGUCUGCAAAAAGGCAUAUUUGCACGUGCUGGGUUGUCAAAUGUUGGUAAUGACGAUGCAAAUAUGGAGCAAACAAGAAAGAGCAUCCAGUUACUCGAAGAGCUUGUGGCCACAUUUCCUGAUCGUUACUCGUCGAGAUUGUCAUGAUCUUUCAAUAGAUUUUAUUGCAAGUACGUACGAAAAGUACAAGUUCGAAGCUCAGAACGUUGUUUGAUAAAUAUAUCAAGUAUGGGCGACAUUUAUCAAAAAUUGAAAAUAUAUUGAAAUGGUACCAAAUAUCGAACAUAUUCACUGAUGAGCAGCAAUAUCGCAUGAGUCUUUAUUUAGAAAAUGAAUUACUAACGGAACAAGAAAAAGGAAUGCAUACAGAAUUUUUGGACUCUGUGCUAAUACAUGAAUGGGGCUUAAAGAUUUUCAUUAGCGUAUAAAAAUUCGAUAGCCGCGAAGAGGCUCUCGAGCAUGUGAAGCUUCAGGAAGAAAUGAUAAUAUAUAAAAAUGAUUGAUCCACGAACUCGAACGAUCCACGAAGUUCAUCGUAUUCUCAACAGAAAAACGCACAUCCGAAUUCUGCAGGAUUUUCAACACUAUCGACAACUCAGAUGGGAAGACGAUUUGGCAAUGGCAGUUAACGAUGAGUAAUUUCAAAUGCAUUCAGAUUGUUAUACCCACCAUGAUCUUGCAGGGAGAGUGAUUACGUGUGCCAAUCAGCUGGUUCUCUGAUGGCUGUUACAAAAGCGAGUUUAUAUUCGUGAAA